AUGUCACACUAUUCAGCCAACUCAAUUAGAGACAACAUUUCCAUUGCCACCAAUGAAGAUCUAUUUCCACAACCUCCAACUGAAAAUGAGGAGGAAGAGGGGGAGGUUGCUUCAAUUGUAGAAGUACAGCUACAAGAGGUGCACUCCAAUGACAAUACAGGUGUUGCAGCUCAAGCUAUUGCAGAUGUAUUGCAACAACACAUUAAAGGGGAAAAUAAGGAUCUCAUUUGCAACCAAAUACAAUCACUCUGCAAAUUCAUUCUUGAAUUAUCCAACAACACAUCACACAAUCCAACAGAUUCCAAGAAGAUUGAAUUCCAGGCAACCAAAAUCCAGGAGAUUAAAUCUGAAAAUGAGCAAUUGAAAUACAAAGUCAAUAAGUUGGAAAAGAGGUUGAGGGAAUGGGAGGAUUGGAGAUCAGACUUGUAUAGCAGCAAGAAGAUCAAAUUACAACAACAGAAGGUGGAGUUGAAGUGUAAUAUGGAUGCAGCUAAAAGGGAGAGGGAUGUAAUCCUCAAACUUCCUGACACUGCCACCAAAUACUUUGAACUCAAAUCCCCCUCUUGUCAGCUUUUUACCAACAGUUUGAAAGAACUGUGUUCAAGGAAAAUGAGAGACAGGGUGUCAUGGCUUGAUGACAGUGUUAUUAAUACAUUCUUUGUUAUUUUGACACAGGAAAUCUGUCAGGUAUAUGGGAUGGGAUAUACUAUCACAUUGAAUUCUCACUACUCCAAACACUUUUUGGAUCUUCCUGAGGGUGAGAAGGAUGAGGAUCUAACACCCAGACUUGCCAGAGCUGGUUACUCAUUCAAAAACACUAAGUAUUUCAUAUUCCCUAUAUACCUGCAUGGGACUGAACAUUGGGUUUUGGUUUGGGUUGAUUUGGAUGCAAGGAGUGUUAUUGUAUACAAUACACUCAAAAGUAUCCAAUUUGAUUAUUCAGCAUUAGGGAAUAAUAUUCUUUUUGCCAUAGAGGCAUACCAACAGGCCAGGCAGAAUCAGGAGCAACUGAACACUGAUGAUUGGAAUAUUUCAUUAAAUACUGUAAGUUAUACACCUAACGUUUGA